UCCACGUCCUGUACAGUACGGUUAUUGUGCGGUAAAGCUCUUGGUUCAUUGCUCAAUACAUCCGAAACCCCCUCAAACAAACUACAGCAUGGACAAACGGACGGUGACGCCACCAAACAAGUCCCGGUGGUCAGACGUCUUUGGAGAAGACGUCGUUGGAGACGACCUCGACUUCCUUCUUCCUCGGCAAAUAAUUGGACCAGACGAGAAUGGCAUUAAGAAGGUUAUCGAGCACAAGUUCAAUGAAAAAGAAGAGAUCAUUAAAGUCGUUACCACAACUCGAGUUCGCCGGGUUUUGCGCAGUAAAGCAGCGGCAGAGAGGCGGUUGUGGCCCAAGUUUGGUGAUGCAGCGAAUGAAGACGAAAAUAGCAGGCUCACUAUGGUUUCUACGGAAGAGGUUUUUCUCCAGAGGCCCAAGGAUAAAGGAACUAAAGCAGAGAAAACGGAGACUUUAGGAGACUCCUUGGCUCAGCUUGCAAACAGAGGUAUGUUAUGUAGGACUUGCGGUAAGAAUGGUGACCACUGGACAUCAAGAUGCCCUUACAAGGAUCUUGCAGCACAGCUGGGAGUGCUCUAUAAUAACAGGCCUUCUUCAGCAGAUGCUACUGCUGCUUCUUCUAGCAACAAAAACCAUUACAUUCCACCAAGCAUGAGAGCGGGCGCUCAACGAAGCAGUGGAGAAGAUACUAGGCAUAGGAAUGAUGAGAAUUCUGUGAGAGUCAACUUCCUUUCGGAGGACACUUGCGAAGCUGACUUGUAUGAUCUCUUCAGUCCAUUUGGAAAAUUAACUCGUGUGUUUGUUGCCACCGAUUACAAGACUGGUUUGAGCAGAGGUUUCGGACGUGUCAAUUUUGUCAACAAGGAAGAUGCUCAGAAGGCAAUUGACAAGCUCAAUGGUUAUGGUUAUGACAAUCUCAUUCUUCGAGUGGAUUGGUUCAACAAAGAUAAAACUAGACCCAGUUUCCCCUAAGUUCUUCAAGUGAAGCUGUAAGAAUUACUUGCACUUAAGUUGUAGAGGAAAGGUUACAGUAUUUCAUGUUAUUUUCCCAAUUAGACAUCAGAAGACCUGAUUUUGUCUACUUGCCUUAAUGUGAGUGGUAGAAUUAUUGGGUCGAUAUAGAAUAGCCUCUUCUGAUAUUAGAAUUUAAACAAUGGAUCAAAGUAAU